GGUACGCACAGGAAGUGAAUACGUAAAGGCCGCUAACUCUAAAAUUGACAUUCCACAAACAAACUGUUUCAAAAGACUUUGUCGAUUUAUGAAAAUCUUUUUGUCUUUAAAUUGUUCGCACGUUCUUUAUUCGUCAAUGGCGAGGUGAUCAUGAUUGUAGAUGCCAGAUGACGACAGUUGGAGAAAAUGUCUUUGACAAGAAGUAUCCGGGUCUGGGUGAAGGCCGAGCCAUUCAGCUAUGGUGCCCUUCCGGUGGCACCACAUCCCAAACUCACUCACAGUAACAUCAAGAAGAUUGUGAUCUAUGCAAAGAACAAGGGGUCUCCAGGAUUUCCAAACAUCAGCUACUCCGUAUGGAAGCACAUUGCCUGCAACAAGCUCCAUCUCUCAGAAGACCUGGCCUGGAUGUACUUCUCCCUGUGCCAUCUGUUGUGUGAUACCAAGUACCCCGUGGAACGUCUGGAGUGGGACGAGACGUACCUCACAGCAGAGUCGCGGUCAACCAGAGAUGACCUGCAGAGCCGGCUGUGUGUGGACACGUACAAGUUUGUGUUGUUCUUGUACAUCCAGCAGCUGUUCCGGGUGUCACUGAGGGCGUCGCUGGUCGCAGGAGACGAAUGGCCGUCAAUGACUUCCUCUUCUGAGUUUGAAGGCCGAUCCACUCCAAGAGGAACAAAGUCUCUAGACGACCACGGCCACAUGGUGUUUGUCCUGUCACAUCUCCCAGAGAUUCUCGAGCUACUCACAGAACAUGAGGGAUCAGGCCAGCAGGGUCUGGCUGGUGGGCCGUGUAUGACGGAGCGGGCUGUCGAUGCUCUAGGCUUCCUGCUAGCAGGCUCCAUGGACAAGUUCAAAACUCUCUCUCCACUGAAGGACAUAGCAUCGCUACAGACAGUCCAGUCAAGCAGUGGAUACUCUAAGAUGACCCGAGCCUUCACGGUGCGUCUCUUCCAGACCUGGAUCAAGGACUGUCUUGUCCAGAACCCAUUCGGAAUCUCAGCCUGUAUCGCCACAGGGAUGAGGCUGUCCUGGCCAUUUGCAGGCGAGGAGGGCAAGGGAGACGUCCCUGCACGGAGCAAACGCGGCAAGAUUGCAACCAACGCCAACAUUAUUCCUAAAGAACAUAUGAAAGGCAACAAGAUGAUCAUAAUGAGUCAAGUCAGUAAGGAGACCAUAGCAAGGAGCUCCAAAACCCUGGAGUUGAGCAGCAUGAAGAUCCAUCGCAGUCACCACUCCUAUCUUUAUCUGCUGUCACCCUUAAGAUCAGUGACGAUAGAGAAGUGUCGGAAUACUACCGUUGUGUUGGGGCCGGUAGAGUCGUGUGUUCACCUGAGUAACUGUGAGAACGUCACAGUCAUUGCCGUGUGUCGCUCUAUCAUGGUCAGUGGGUGUACUCUGUGUACCCUGCAUCUGCUGACCCCCACACGCCCUGUGCUGCUCAGCGGGAACGACACCAUCCUCCUGGCUCCGUACCACACAUUCUACCCCCAGCUGGAGGAACACAUGUCCCUCGUCAGCAUCUCCGCAUCACUCAACUUCUGGGACCAGCCACUGUGUGUGGGGCCUGAUCACCGAGACGAGACACCCAUUUGGGAAAUAAUGCCAGUCCACGAGUUCUUCACUUUCACUGUGCCCUUUGACAUGGAAGGACCAACCAAGUCCAUUCCUGGAGGUCUGCCCAGCCGGCACCAGAAGGCAGUCGGCCAGCGGCACAAGGAGAUUGACCGCUGGCAGAAGAUGGUGAAAGACGCGGGAUUGACUCGGGACCAGAGGAAGGAGUUUCAGGGCUUGGUUGAGACCAGGUUCCAUGUGUGGUUAUCAGAGAUGGGUCACAAGAAGGAACUAGACAGUCUGGUGCUGCCCCUGCAGUCCCAGGGCAAGAGAUGAGGCUCACCUCAACAGUCCCAGGGCAAGAGAUGAGGCUAGCCUCGACAGUCCCAGGGCAAGAGAUGAGACUAGCCUUGACAAUGAUGUCUUACAGUCCCAGGGCAAGAGAUGAGGCUCACCUCAACAGUCCCAGGGCAAGAGAUGAGGCUAGCCUCGACAGUGCUGCCCCUACAGUCCCAGGGCAAGAGAUGAGGCUAGCCUCGACAGUCCCAGGGCAAGAGAUGAGGCUAGCCUUGACAAUGAUGUCUUACAGUCUCAGGGCAAGAGAUGAGACUCACCUCAACAGUCCCAGGGCAAGAGAUGAGGCUAGCCUUGACAAUGAUGUCUUACAGUCCCAGGGCAAGAGAUGAGGCUCACCUCAACAGUCCCAGGGCAAGAGAUGAGGGUAGCCUCGACAGUGCUGCCCCUACAGUCUCAGGGCAAGAGAUGAGACUCACCUCAACAGUCCCAGGGCAAGAGAUGAGGCUAGCCUCGACAGUGCUGCCCCUACAGUCUCAGGGCAAGAGAUGAGACUCACCUCAACAGUCCCAGGGCAAGAUAUCAGGCUAGCCUCGACAGUCCCAGGGCAAGAGAUGAGGCUAGCCUCAACAGUCCCAGGGCAAGAGAUGAGACUCACCUCAACAGUCCCAGGGCAAGAGAUGAGGCUAGCCUCGACAGUCCCAGGGCAAGAGAUGAGGCUAGCCUCGACAGUCCGCGGGCAAGAGAUGAGGCUAGCCUUGACAGUGAUGUCUUACAGUCCCAGGGCAAGAGAUGAGGCUCACCUCAACAGUCCCAGGGCAAGAGAUGAGGCUAGCCUCAACAGUCCCAGGGCAAGAGAUGAGGCUAGCCUCGACAGUCCCAGGGCAAGAGAUGAGGCUAGCCUCGACAGUCCGCGGGCAAGAGAUGAGGCUAGCCUUGACAGUGAUGUCUUACAGUCCCAGGGCAAGAGAUGAGAACCACCUCAACAGUCCCAGAGCAAGAGAUGAGGCUAGCCUUGACAAUGAUGUCUUACAGUCCCAGGGCAAGAGAGGAGGCUAGCCUGGACAGUGCUGCCCUAUAGUACCAGGGCAAGAGAUGAGGAUAGCCUCACAUGUGUGAAUCUCUACAUUGAACAAGAAAACAUUAUACAGUGUAUUGUUAGGAGUGAUUAGCAUGACAUUGUGUAUGAAGGCUUAGAUCACAAACACCUGCUCAUGUUCAUUAAUCAGGUUUCUGUCAUUUUCACACAUGAUCUACCAAAAGAAGUUAUAUCAUUUCACAUAAUUGCUAAGGAAAUGUACAUAUGAAAGUCUACUUUGCCAAGGCAAUGUUCAUAUAAUAGUCAAAAUAGAUGAUGCCCUGUUGAACAAUGUUUACUUACUGUUUUAGAUACAUGUAUGUUGCAUGAAACGGCUGCAUUGGAUUGCACAAGUAUGUCAGAUGUCCUGAUGUGCACAGAAACAGCAUGUUGCUAUGGGGUGGGCCAGAGUUGGAUACAUACUGAACAAAAAAGUUGAGGAUCAUCAAUAUUUGGGGGAAUAUUUUUUUGUAGUGAAGACUGAGCAUACAAUUUAAAAAAUUCUAAACUUCUUUGUUCAGUAUACUUGUUAGUGAGUGAGUGAGUGAUUAUUGUGUCUACAUGCUUGAAGGUAAGGUAAAUAUCUCUGUCACAGUGAUAUAAUUUCAACUCAUUUCAAACGUUACCCCGGUAUGUCUCAUGAAUACUAUGUGAUAUAUUGAUAUUUACAUCAUGUACAAUGGCUACAUUUGUCUUAUACUACUCAAAAGAAGUUAAAGAACACCCUUUCUUUUCAUAUGACUACGGUUAAUCGUCCGAUUUUUAUUGAUUAUAGUUCAUCUGUCAUGACCAUUCAACUUCUUUUGAGUAGUAUGAUGCUGAUGCAGAAUGUUUGUAUCUUAUGCAUGAGAUUGCAUCGAAGGCUGGUGAAAACUUGCACUUAGCUUGGUCUUGCAAUUAAAGUUAAUAUGAAAA